CGAAGAGGUCCCUUCAGGCUUCCCAAACGCGCCGGCUGAACUUCGAGAAUGUCACGGUCGAGCUACUACCUAUCUCCCUCCCUCCAAGGAUGGGUCUCCUGGGGAGGCCCAGUUGUCAUUGAUCAUAGAUAAUGCGGCCGCAUAUCCACUUGAAAUCAUCACAGGACGGCCGUCUCGAGCUCUCCCUCUCUCUUUUAUUCUACUCCCAUCCGUGCCCUCGCCAGCCCUCCAACUCUAUUUGAUCCCAAGAUUCCUCCAAUCUCACCAAAGAUCGCCCGCGCGUUCUUCAGCUGUCUUACCCCCCCCCCCCUUGUUCGUAUAAACCGACAAGCUACCCCUCAUCCCGAUUUCGCUGGCCCGGCGCCCGCAUCCCCUCUUGCUUGAAUACCCUCACCCUCUCACCCCUCGAUCCGCCAAAAUGUCCACCACCCAGCUCCCAGCCUCCGAUGUCGACCGCUACGACUAUGUCAUUGUCGGCGGCGGCACCGCCGGUUGCGUCGUCGCCUCUCGCCUGGCUGAGUCCCUGCCCCAGAAGCGCGUCCUCCUAAUCGAGGCCGGUCCCAGCGACUUCAUGGACGACCGCGUGCUGGACCUGCGGAAAUGGCUGAACCUCCUCGGAGGCGAGCUCGACUACGACUACGGCACCACCGAACAGCCCAUGGGCAACUCUCACAUCCGCCACUCCCGCGCCAAGGUCCUGGGUGGCUGCUCGUCGCACAACACCCUCAUCUCCUUCAGACCCUUCGAGUACGACCUGAAGAUCUGGCAGUCUAUGGGCGCCAAGGGCUGGACCUUCCACGACUUCAUGCGCAUCAUGGACAAGCUGCGCAACACCGUCCAGCCCGUCCACGCCCGCCACCAGAACGAGCUCUGCCUCGACUGGGUCAACUCGUGCAGCUCUGCCCUCGACAUCCCCGUCCUCCACAACUUCAACAAGCACAUCACCCAGAACGGCGCCCUGAAGCAGGGAGUCGGCUUCUUCUCCAUCUCCUACAACCCCGACGACGGCCGCCGGUCCAGCGCCUCCGUCGCCUACAUCCACCCCUUUCUGCGCGGCGAGGAGAAGCGCCCCAACCUGACCGUCCUCACCAACGCCUGGGUCUCCAAGAUCAACGUCCGCGGCGACACCGUCACCGGCGUCAACCUCACCCUCCAGGACGGCUCCAAGCGCACCGUCACCGCCCGCGCCGAGACCGUCCUCUGCGCCGGCGCCGUCGACACCCCGCGCCUCAUGCUCCUGUCUGGCAUCGGCCCCAAGCAGCAGCUCGUCAACCUCGGCAUCCCCGUCAUCCAUGACCUGCCCGGCGUCGGAGAGAACCUCCAGGACCACCCCGAGUCCAUCAUCAUGUGGGAGCUCAAGAAGCCCGUGCCCCCCAACAAGACCACCAUGGACUCGGACGCGGGCAUCUUCCUCCGCCGCGAGCCCCCCAACGCCGCCGCCAAGAAGACCUUCUUCAACCCCGACGGUAUCCCCGACGGCGACAUCGCCGACGUCAUGAUGCACUGCUACCAGAUCCCCUUUACCCUAAACACCGGCCGCCUCGGCUACGACGAGCCCAAGGACGGCUACGCCUUCUGCAUGACCCCCAACAUCCCCCGCCCCCGCUCCCGCGGCCGCCUCUACCUGACCUCGGCCGACCCCAGCGUCAAGCCCGCCCUCGACUUCCGCUACUUCACCGACGAAGAGGGCUACGACGCAGCCACCCUCGUCUACGGCAUGCGCGCUGCCCGCAAGGUCGCCGAGCAGGCCCCCUUCAAGGACUGGAUCGCCCGCGAGGUCGCCCCCGGCCCCGCCGUCCAGACCGACGAGGAGCUCAGCCUCUACGCCCGCCGCGCCGCUCACACCGUCUACCACCCCGUCGGCACCACCAAGAUGGGCGACGUCCGCAAGGACCCGCUCGCCGUCGUCGACGAGCGUCUCAACGUCAAGGGCCUCAAGCGCGUCCGCAUCGUCGACGCCGGCAUCUUCCCCACCAUCCCCACCAUCAACCCCAUGCUGACCGUCCUAGGUGUCGCCGAGAAGGCCGCCGAGAUGAUCAUCGACGAGGCCCAGGAGACCGCCCGUCUGUAAAAAUAGAACAAAGAUGAAAAAGAUUCCCGCCAGGGGUUUACCCAGGCAGGAAACCAUGUGAGAAGGGAAAUACCUUGAAAAGCAUUUGUUGUCUAUAUUUUGUUUUUUGUCUACAUUUUUUUUUUCAAGAGUUAGCUAUCAGGCAUUAUACCAAUGAUAUCAUGACUAUAUACAGACC